UCAAAAUAAAAGCAAAACAGCUGUUCUUCUUGUCACCGAACGUGACGGUUUUGUAAAAUUAAAUUGUGCAAUUGCUGUAUUAAAACACAACCAAGACGGAAGUUCUAGUAGACCGAUGGAUUCCAAUUUGCGCAAUCUCAAGGAUUUUCUCACAUUAUACAACAAAGUGACGGAGUUGUGCUUCAACCGAUGUGUGGAUAAUCUCAGCCAACGAGAUCUGGGUGGCCAGGAGGAAAUCUGCGUAGACCGGUGUGUCACCAAGUUCGCGCGCUUCAAUCAGAAUAUGAUGAAGGUUUAUGUAGAUGUGCAGACCACGAUUAACGCCAAGCGCAUGGAGGAGCUUGAGGAGAACGCCCGCAAGGCCGAACAGCAACAGAAGGAGCAGGAGCGGCUAAAGGAAGUGUCCACCACGACGGUACUUACUCCCGUCCAGCCAGGCGUCACUGGCAACCUGUCCAUGUAG